GUGGCCGGAACGUGGCUUCUCUCCUCCUUCCUCAGGCCUUUGGACCAUCGCGACAAGCCCCUCGUUGAUCUUGUCCCGACCGCCAUGGCUGUCCUCUCGUUUCAGCGCGCCCUGCUUCUGGCAGGAGCCGUGCUUCCCCUCCAGGGCUUCGCCCAGACUAUCACCACCGAAGACGGCACCGUGAUCCCCGCCGAACCCGCCACAGUCGCCCCGGCCGCCGAGCCCGUGCCCGAGGUCGACGACGGCGCCCUUCUGCUGACGGACAGCGUGCUGGCCAACCUGACCGGUCUCCAGCUGACCGACAUUCAACUCUUCCAGUUCGAUGGCGAUGCCACCGGCACGUCUGGCGUCGAGAAGCGCGCCAGCGUGGGCGACUGCAAGGUGUACCCCGACGACUGGAGAUGGCCCUCGCGCCUGGCCUGGAAGGUGUUCGACCUGCUGACGGGCGGCGCCCUCAUCGAGACGGUGCCCAUCGGCGCCGUCUGCUACCCCAACAGCGGCGUGUACAACGCGGCGAAGUGCUCUGACAUCAUCGCGCACUGGACCGAGUCCGCCACUCACGCCAGCGAUCCCACCUCGGUCAUGUCGCCGCUCUACCAGGGCGAGACGUGCAUGCCGCAGAACGGCAACACGUCGACGUGCACGCUGGGCGGCUUCCCGUCGUACGCCGUGCGGGCCGACCACGUCUACCAGAUCCAGCUGGCCAUCAACUUUGCGCGCGCCACGGGCGUGCGGCUAAUCGUCAAGAACACGGGCCACGACUUCCUGGGCAAGUCGGUCGGCAUGGGCGCGCUGUCGAUCUGGACGCACAACCUCAAGAAGGUCAAGUUCAUCAAGUCCAUCAAGACCCCAUCGUACACGGGCCCGGCCAUGGAGAUCGGCGCGGGCAUCCAGGUCGGAGAGCUGUACGCGGCGGCCAAGCAGUACGGCGUGACGGCGGUCGGCGGCGAGUGCAAGGGCGUCGGCGUGGCCGGCGGCUACUCGGCCGGCGGCGGCCACUCGCCCAUGUCGAGCAAGUACGGGCUCGGGUCGGACCAGGUGCUGAGCAUCGACGUGGUGCUGCCCAACGGCCGCUUCGUGACGGCCAGCGAGACGCAGAACACCGACCUCUUCUGGGCGCUCCGCGGCGGCGGCGGCUCGACCUUCGGCGUCGUCACGUCGCUGACCGUCAAGGUGUUCCCCAAGAUGACCUUCUCGGGCGUGACGUGGACCAUCACGACCGGCAACGACACCACCAACCCGGACGCGGUCUUCUGGGAGGCCAUGUACGCCUACUGGCGCAAGUUUCCCGAGUACGCGUCGCAGGGCUCGUACGGCUACGGCAUGAUCUUCCCGCGCGGCGCCCCCGGCUCGGGCUACACGUGGACCAUGAACCCGUGGAUGGUGCCCGGCAUGGCGUUGGCCGACUUCAAGGCCAUGGUGCAGCCGCUGCUGGACGAGUGGACCGCGCUGGGCUUCGACUUCAGCGCCGCCACCUUCUUCGAGCACGACAACUUCUACGACGCCUGGACCACCCACUUUCCCACCGAGGGCGUGGCCAACUCCAACCUGCGCACCGCCUCGCGCAUGUACCCGCGCUCGGCCUGGGCCAACGAGACGUACCGCGAGGCCAUGUUCGACGCCGUGCGCUCCGUCAUCGAGGAGGGCUCCGCGCUGAUCCAGUACAACAUGAACCCGGCCCAGCCGGCCGGCACGCCCGACAGCGGCGCCAACUCGCACUGGCGCGACGCCGUCUGGUUCGGCAUCAUGGGCACCGGCUGGGCGCCGGGCCUGUCGGGCGCCGACUUCGACGCUGUGCAGAAGAAGAUCACCGACGACUGGAUGGGCCGCCUGCGCGUGUACGGGCCCGGCGGCUAUCUCAACGAGGGCGACGUCAUGGAGCCCGACUUUGCCGACGCUUUCUACGGCACCAACUACGACCGCCUGCUGCAGAUCAAGCGCCGCGUCGACCCCUACGACCUCUUCUGGGCCCCGACCGCCGUCGGGUCCGAGCGCUGGAAGGUGCAGAACCAGGGCUGGCUCACGCUGCAGACUGGCAAGCUGUGCAAGGUGUCGGAGUGAUUUUCUUCUCCUUUCGUUUUUUGGUGGGGAAGGUGUGUGUGUGCGCAUACACUACAUGCCGCGUUCCUUCUUGAUGUGUAUAGUUUCCUUGGUGUGGUAAUAAUCGGUGGUUGGUGCCUAGCAUAAAUAUC